AUGCCUGCCGUGAGAGCAUGGACUUCUUUGUGCUUCUCCUCCAUCUCCGCCAUCAUCGGCAACAGAGGCCAGUCCAACUACGCCGCGGGCAACACAUUCAAAGACGCACUCGCGCAGUACCGCGUAUCCAAGGGCGAGCGAGCUGCAUCCAUCAACCUCGGCCUCUUCCUCUCGGCUGGCGUCCUUAGCGGGGACAAGUCGUUGCUGGAAAAGUUCCGUGCCAGGUCCUUUUUCAACCCCAUGACCGAACCACAGCUCUUUGCGCUGCUGGACUACUACUGCAAUCCAGCGGAGUCUUAUGUCAAUUCCCUGGAUUGCCAGACCAUUGUACACGACGCCACCGCUGAUCAGCCAAACACGGAUGUUGCGUACUGGCUCACAAAGCCGUCGUUCCGACAAAUCCUCACCAACAUGUCAAACGGAGGCGCCGGCACAGCUUCCUCGGAUGUGGCUAACUUUAAGACGGCAUUUGCCGCCGCGUCAUCGCUCACGGAGGCGAGUGCUGCCGUGACGAAGGCACUCAUAAAGAAGCUAGCCGAUACACUCUCCCUACCAGAAGAGGAGCUCGAUACUACCCAGCCGAUGCACAGCUAUGGCGUGGACUCGCUUGUAGCUGUUGAUCUGCGCAGCUGGUUUGCAAAGGAGCUUCAAGUCGACUUUGCCAUCUUUCAUAUUUUAGGAAGUACUUCUAUUGCUGGUGUGAGUUCUUUGGCCGCAGCGAGGAGCAAGUAUCGUAAGGCAGAGUGGACGGAGUAG